GGUAAUAAAUACUGGGCCCAGCUGGUGAGAACCAUGUCCCAUAUGCAAAAGAAACACUCCCCAAGUGAGAAUUGAUUUCUGUUAAAUGUAAUGUGAUGUUUUGCUUUGUUGCCAGUUAUUAAUGUGGAUAGCAGAGACAGGCACCUAACUAACCUCAUCCGGCAGGCAGAGGAGCUUUUGAAUGACCUGUCCUCUGAGAGGCUGAGCAACUCACUCAGCCACAACAACGCAGAGAAACAGAAACAACGUCGAGCCUGCGAGUCACGAUACAAACUGUACAAACAAAUGAAAGCACAGGUUACAACAGCAAUGGUCCCUGGCCCUCCAACUAAUGUGUGUCUCACUGUGACAAGCAGUACCUCACUGACCGUUACAUUCGAGGAGCCACUGAGUGUGAACCCCGCUCUGAUCACCAGAUACAAAGUGGAGUGGAGCUGUUUGCUGGAUUCCUCGGGGGAAUGUGGAGAGCUCCUGCUGGAAGGUCUCAGCACUCUAAGAUGUACGAUUACAGGACUCGUGACGGGUCAAGGUUACUAUGUCCGAGUCUCAGCUGCCAAUAUGAAGGGCUGGGGUUCCCCACAAACUGCCAGCCCAGCAUUCGCUGUUCCAUCCA